UCUAUAAAAUCUUAGCUGCAGGGAUAGAAAUCUUAUCCUUCCGCUCUUUGCUUUCUAUCGUCGAGUUCAAAAUUGAGAAAGCUUAAACCUUUAGCCAUGUCUACUGCUUCUGCCUCUUCUCUUGUUCUUCCUUCUCUCAAUCCUAAAACCCUUUUUCUCUGCAACCCAAAUAAACCCACUUCACUUUUUUUUGUUUCUCCCAAUUCUUCUUCCCUAACCUUCCAUGCGAAGCCCGUUUCUCUUUCCCACUCCUUAGGACAACAACAACCCUUCUCUUCUCGCUUUGUUGCUAACGUUGCUAUUUCUUCUGAGUUUGGACAAGAAGAGGAGGUAUCUAGCGAUGGAGAUGAGUCCGGUUUCUCUUCUGAAGAGCCCAGUUUCUCUCCUGACCUUAAGUUGUUUGUGGGUAAUCUUCCUUUUAGCGUUGACAGUGCUCAGCUCGCCGGCUUGUUUGAAAGCGCUGGAAAUGUUGAGAUGGUUGAGGUAAUAUAUGACAAAGUAACUGGAAGAAGCAGAGGAUUCGGUUUUGUGACCAUGUCAACUGCACAGGAAGUUGAAGCAGCUGCUCAGCAGUUCAAUGGCUAUGAACUCGAGGGGAGGGCAUUGAGGGUGAAUGCCGGACCUCCUCCACAAAAGGAAUCUUCCUUUUCUAGAAGCCAAAGCCCAAGAUCUGGUGGAAGUUAUGAUUCUGCUAACCGGCUUCAUAUCGGCAACCUUUCUUGGGGUGUUGACAACAUGGCACUCGAGAAUUUGUUCAGUGGGCAUGGGAAGGUAAUGGAGGCAAGGGUGGUUUAUGACAGGGAGAGUGGUAGAUCAAGGGGUUUUGGUUUUGUUACUUAUAGUUCUGCUGAAGAAGUUGAAAAUGCCAUUGAGUUCUUGAAUGGCGCUGAAUUAGAUGGUAGACCAAUUCGAGUCUCCGUUGCAGAAGCUAGGCCACCAAGGCGUCAAUUUUGAGUUCUAGACAUUUCCUGUGGUUUCCUCUGAACAAAUGUUUCAGGGACUUUCGAGAAAAGCCUGCAAUCUAUUGCUGUUCUUCAAUCAUAUGCAAGAUGUUAUCCUUGUUCCUUGGAUGCUGCUAAGAAUGACAGUCAUCUGCCUCUUUGAUAUAUACAUCUAAACGAACAAGAGCACUUGUUGAAAUUUCUCCAUGUAUGAUUUGGAUAGCAUGAUCUUGAUGAAAAACUCGUAUGUAGGCUAUUUUUAUAUAGAGUUAUUGUAUUAGUUAUUUGGUUUGGCUUCUGCAUAUUUGUUUUGCUAGAAGAACCCUUUUUGAUUGUUAAAUGAAUUGCAGGGAAAAUAUAACUUCCACUUAGAUUCAA